UGGACGGGGUCCUUGGGCCGCCUGUCUUGAAGACGAAGGGGGCGUCUCCCCAGCUUCUGCGGCGUCGGUGGCGAGCUAAGGAGGAGGCACGCUGCGGCAGCGACGGCGACAGUGGCGGCAGUGCCAUGGCGGGGCUCGCAGGAUCCUUGCUGCCUUGGUGAUCCCAGGCUGACAGCCAGAGAGCACAGCGGCUCAGCUCCUGGAGAGAGAGUCGAAGAAAUCGGAGGGCAGCCACCUGUGCCUGCUGGCUCCCAUUAGGUCGGUUCCUGCAGCGGUGCCUGGCAGCCUUGGUGAAGGCCCUGCCCGGCAGAGAUCAUGUAUUGCCUCCAGUGGCUGCUGCCCGUCCUCCUCAUCCCCAAGCCCCUCAACCCCGCUCUGUGGUUCAGUCACUCCAUGUUCAUGGGCUUCUACCUGCUCAGCUUCCUUCUGGAACGGAAACCUUGCACAAUAUGUGCCUUGGUUUUCCUGGCAGCCCUCUUCCUCAUCUGCUAUAGCUGCUGGGGAAAUUGUUUCCUGUACCACUGCUCCGAUUCCCCACUUCCGGAAUCAGCCCAUGACCCCGGAGUUGUGGGCACCUAACAGCUGCUGAAAUAGCUUUCCGAGGAAGCAGAAGACGGGAGGGGAGGCAUUGACAUAGGUCAUAAAGCAUUGGAGUUUUGAAUCCCGCAGCCCUGCGGGUGCCACAUUCCUAAUGGAGCCUUUUGGCCUGUGAUGUUUUAUCCUUAUAAUGUGAAUAAUGGCACUGACCGGUGCUUCUAUUGUAGCGUCCUGUAGUCGUGGGUGGUCUUAUGGUUGUGCGUUCUGUCACCAUCUGGGUCCCAGCUGACGGAUCGGCCCACCUCCUUGCCCAUCGUUUUGGAGAAUCUACACCCAUCCUGGUCAGCCACGCUCGGGCAGAUACAAUGCUAGUCUCAUUGUCACCUCCAUGACCCUUCCUCAUCAGGAUCGUCCUGCUUCCCUCCUCAGUCCCUUUCCCUGGUUUCCCCUUGGUUCUCUCCCACCCCUUUCCUUUUGGGGGAAGCACCUGUCCAAAACAGGGCUUAUUUUUGCACUUAUCUCAAAUUUGAAGAGAUUGCUGACGCCCGAGAGCCUCGCUUUUUCAUCCUUCUUUCCCGGUCAAGCAGGAGAGAGGAAUCAUGUCUCAACUGCUUGUUGUCCACAAACCUCCAGUAUUUUCUCUGCCUCAUUUUAAAGAAAGAAGCAGUGGAGAGACAUUGUUCUUUGGCCUGGGUGUCUGGGCUCUUGCCUUCCAGUCCAGCCUCUCUCCCUUUGCUCUUCCUCUGCCUCUCAGCCGUCCUAAGGGGGCCGCCUCUUGUUUGCAGUGCAUGCUCUUCAGGAGGGAGGUAUGCAGUGUUCUUGUAGAUCAGUGGUCCCCAGUGAGUGAAUGAGAAAGUAUUAUGUGUUUCAUAGCAGCCACAAUUCCCUUGGUAGUUGUUUGGGUAUUUUUUGAUGUGCUCUGUAUAUGUGUGCACGCAUGUGUGUGAGAAUGUGUGUUUGUGUGUGUGUAUGUGCAUACAUAUGCAUACAUGUACUAAUACAUGUGUAUAUUCCUUUUGAAGAAGCUUUACUGAAUGUGUUCUGGUUUUGAGGUUUGGUAGUAGUAACUAGCUAGUAGGUCCCACUGCAGUUUUUAUUUAGCAUGGGGAUUGCAGAGUGACCAGCACAGUGGACUCCAAGGUGGUUCAGACAAGACCCAGGGGAGCAGUGGCCAUCACCCUCCUACCAGGAGCCUCUUCGUUCCUGCACACAUAGACUGUACACUAUGAAGAACACACAGGACGACUUGGUGACUUGGUACUUGUUUUAUAUUCUCUGCGCUUCAGUAACAAGUGUUGGCAAAUGAGACUUUCCUGGUCCCUGCCCACUGGGAUCAGCAUGGUGGUUCUUCCAGUCGGAAAUGUCCUCUCUUGUGUGCAAGUGAGGGUGGUGAGCCAGGCACAGAACUGGACGCAAGCACUGGGAAGUGGGACUUCGAGGCCACAUUUGUGAAACGCUCGGACUUCUGUUAUAAAAGCUUUUAUUUCCGGUGUGUUCGUUCUACAGCUGUUUGAAAUGUUUAAUAAAGCUUUAUAAACUUUA